GGCUUCCUCCUUCGCCCCCAGACGGUCUCUGUAACGCUCGUCAAUUGCUCCUAAUCUCCUUGCUGUCAGAUUCUCUGAGUGGUCGCUCAAUUGUCGCCAGGAUGUGUGGAAUCUUCGCGUGUCACCAUCACCCCGAUGUGCAAACAUUCAAGCCUACGGCCCUGCGCAUGGCCAAGGCGCUGCGCCAUCGUGGACCCGAUUGGAGCGGAAGCUUCAUCUCUGAGAAGACCAUCCUCACGCACGAGCGUUUGUGUAUCGUCGGUGUCGACUCCGGCGCUCAACCUCUUGUGAACGAUGAUGGCUCCCUCGCUCUGGCUGUCAACGGCGAGAUUUACAACCACCGCAUCUUGAGAAAGGGGCUCAAGGCCGACUAUCAGUUCAAGACACACUCUGACUGUGAAGUUGUGAUCCCGCUGUAUAUGGAAUACGGUCUGGACGCCCCCAAGCACCUCGACGGCAUGUUCUCGUUUGUGCUUUAUGACAAGAAGCAGGACAGGGUUGUCGCUGCACGUGAUCCUAUUGGUGUUACCAGCUUCUACAUUGGCUGGUCCUCCGAGACUCCUGGUGCUGUUUACUUCGCCUCGGAGCUGAAGUCUCUGCACCCUGUCUGCGACAAGGUUCAGGCUUUCCCCCCUGGCCAUAUCUUUGACUCCAAGACCGGCGAGUUCACCCGCUACUUCCAGCCUAAGUGGUGGGACGCUGCCAAUGUCCCUUCCACCCCUGUCGACUAUAAGGUCAUCCGCAACUCCCUGGAGAAGUCUGUGCGCAAGCGUCUCAUGGCUGAGGUUCCUUACGGUGUUCUUCUGUCUGGUGGUCUUGAUUCCAGCUUGGUGGCGUCUAUCGCUCAGCGCGAGACCUUGCGCAUGCAGGAGGCUGCCCGCUCCGCUCAAGAGCAGGGAAUCUCAUCCGACUUGGUUGGUAUCGAUGACGAGAACGAGCUUUCCACAGUCACCACCUUCCAACAGCUGCACUCUUUCUCCAUUGGUCUGCCCGGUGCUCCCGACACUCAGGCUGCCCUGGAGGUUGCCAAGUUCCUCGGAACCAAGCACCACGCCUUUACCUUCACCGUGGAGGACGGCCUCAACGCGCUCUCCGAUGUCAUCUACCACCUCGAAACCUAUGAUGUCACCACCAUCCGUGCCUCUACUCCUAUGUAUCUCCUGAGCCGCAAGAUCAAGGCCAUGGGAGUCAAGAUGGUUCUUAGUGGAGAAGGCAGUGAUGAGAUCUUCGGUGGAUACCUUUACUUCCACGCCGCCCCUAACAGGGAGGAAUUCCACAAGGAGACCGUCAGACGUGUUAAGAACUUGCACUUGGCCGACUGCUUGAGAGCGAACAAGUCUACCUCCGCCUGGGGUUUGGAGGCUCGUGUGCCCUUCCUCGACAAGGAGUUCCUGGAGACUUCUAUGGGAGUCGAUCCCGCUGACAAGAUGAUCACCAAGGAGCGCAUUGAGAAGUACAUCCUGCGCAAGGCUUUCGAUACCACGGACGAGCCGGAUGUCAAGCCCUACUUGCCCGACAACAUCCUCUGGCGCCAGAAGGAGCAGUUCAGCGAUGGUGUCGGUUACAGCUGGAUUGAUGGCCUGAAGGAUCAGGCCGAGGUGCAGAUCACUGAUGAGAUGAUGAAGAACCCCAAGCCCGAGUGGGGAGACGAUAUUCCCGAAACCAAGGAAGCGUACUGGUACCGCCUGAUGUUCGAUGAGCACUUCCCCCCCACUUGCGCGGGCACCGUUGAGCGUUGGGUACCCACAUGGUCCAAGCAGUCCGAUCCCAGUGGAAGAGCCAUUUCCACUCACAACGCCAAGUACGACAACGCUGUUUAAACGAAUUAAUGUGAUCCUAAAUAAUGUGUAUCGGGACUCAAAUCUCUUGGGCAUAGAAGCAUGCAUCGGUGAUUUUAUCCUGGAGUCAGGCAUGGGGAUGCGAAAGUAGAAUUUGCCUUUAUCAUCUUUACCAGAAACUAGUUGUGUAAGAUUGUACUGUAGCUGUGGCGUCAUAUCUCCAAUGUAUCUACUUUUGGAUAACUUGCAAAAACAUUGGUGAAAUAGAUCAUAAAAUUCCAUGGG